AUGCUGCCGCCGCCGCCUGAGCUGCAAGAAGGAGACCCGGUGUCAGACUUCCUGAAGGACGUGAUGCAUAAGUCGAUCAUGAUGGCCAAGUCUCCCUUCGACGCCACGUCGAAAGAGUCGGAGAUGUCGCAGGCAACUCAAGCAAGCCAGGUUCCUCCUCCGGACGCUCGGCAGAUGCCGUCGGACCAGCAGAUGUUGCAGCAACAACCGACGCCUGAACAGCAAGGGCAGAUGGCGCCCGCAGCGGCUGGGAAAGUCCGCUGUGUGUGUCCUCCAGAUGCAGAUGCCGCUGCCGCCUUGGCCGCCAGACAAAUGCCUCCUGCCGUUCCUAGCGACGUUCCUAGCGCGGUGCCUAGCGCGGUGCCUAGCGCAGUUCCUAGUGCGGUGCCUAGCGUGACUCCUAGCGCGGAGCCCGCACCGCCCAGCGCGCAGCCUAGCGAGGUGCCGAGCGUGGCCCCGUCCAAAGUAUCGUCAGGGUUCGACGACGUGCUGACUGAGCUGGUGCGCAAGUCCAUCGCCAUGGGUGUAUCACCAGAGGACCGUUCAAGGCAGGAUCUCAUGGGCAACGUACUGGACAACCUAGUGCGUCGGUCCCUUGCAAUUGUGAUGGGUUCUGAAGGCUCCAAGGAGAGUCUUCCACAGGCCGAUUUGCCGCCUCCUCCCGACUUGCCGCUUGACGGUGCCCCAGAACCAGGCCGCCGGACUGUGUGCCCUUGCCGCAAGAAAGAGGCCGCGGCAGCUGGAGGGACGCGGUGUCGGACAACCCCGAAAAGAGAUGAUGGUGAUAUGACCACAAGAACUGGUGAUGAUGGGUGGAUCUACCUGAGUGGCAUUCUGCCCUUUUCGGGCGACCUACUGCCUGAUACACCAUAUGUCUUGUAC